GACUGUAUAGCUGUUAUAUGCUCUUUCACUCAUGCUGAUGUUACAGCCUGGGAAGCCUGUAAUGGAAGCACUAGAAAUAUAUUAGACUUUGUUAUCAGUGAAACUGUUGAUCUUGGCAGCUUUCAAACUUCUGAAAGUAAAAUUGGCAUUUUGACUGGUUCUGUUUCUGACUGCAUUGGAUCAAGACAUCACAUAUUUGAAAUAAGGAAGCUUCUUUCAUUUGAAUUGAUUCACAGCAUUCAUUUAUCAGAAUUUGUGCAACUUGUAGAAUGUAAACCGAAUCAGGAUUUCUGGUAUUUUAUUGAAGCUGAAGCACUUACAGAUGAUUCACAACGAAAGUAUAUUAAGUGCCUGAAGAUAAAAACUGUUUAUGAAUCUCAACCAGAAAAAAGGCUUUUAAAUUUAGUAAACCGAAGGAAAUUUCUUGAAGCUGAAAAAUUGGCAGAAAUAUCUAAUUUGAGUUGUGAAAUUAUUUAUCAAAAGAAAAUUAACUGCUUAUUAAGAGAAUUGAGAACAAAGUUCAGCAAGACAUCUGAAGACAUACUUGAAGCUGUAUGGUCUGAAAUUCAAGAUUCGUUUCAAAGAAUAGAGGAUCUGAAUUUCAUUAAAUCACUUUCAUCAAGCUGCCUUCCUGAUGUGAGUUUCAUGGAACGUUUUCUUUCUUGUAUCAAAACAUGGUUGAGUACAAGAACGGAAUUAAAAGAAUUUGGAGAAUUAAUAUCCUGUGUAAAUCAAAAUUUAAAUAAGCUGAUAACUUAUAAAGUCAUUAUUUCAUCAUGUAAUUGUGAAUCAUUAAUCGAGUUUUUAAACAAGGAUUUAUUAGAGUACAUGAUAUCAGAAUUGAUAAAUGGGAAAUUGAGCUCUGCAAUAAUCAUCUGGGAAAGACAUAAGGUUGAAUUCCUCAUUUCUUUCUCUGAGCAGAAGCUAAAAAUGAUUCUGGAUUCAAUUCCAAACAGUGUACCUUCACGACAUUUAACUCCAUUUCUUUCUGAUGAUUUUCUUCCUCCAGUCUUCUGUAGAAUUCCAGAAUCAAUUGAUAUUGUAGCAGAAUGGAUUGUGAAUAGAAUUUAUCAGCUGGAAAUUAUGGAAAAGAAUUUGUGGCCUGAAAAUGGUAAAGAACUGAUAAACAUGUUUCUAGUAAUUAUUCGAAGCUUGUAUGCAAAAGGAGAAAGAGGUGAAAUAAGUUUCUCGACAAGUUUAGCAUGUGUAUCUAUUUAUGAAAAAAUCAUUAAUCCUGAAUGCCCUAUUGGUCGCUUAAAUGAACUUUAUUAUAUACUGGAGUUGUUAGAAACUUUGAAAAAUGACUUCAAUUGCAAAAUACCAUUGAAUAGUUUUGAGGAUAAUAAAAUGGGUAUCAUAUUUACUGUGAUGGACAGCAUAGAUCUAAAGUUCCUUGUUCAAGCUGUUGACAAAUUUGCAAGGCCAUAUUCUAUAGAGAAUAAUUUUGAUCUAGAUUUAUGCCUUGAACUGUUUGUUAAGAACACGCUUGAAUCAAAUAUUAUGUGGUGGUGUUACGAAGAGGCUCCCUGGGAAGAACGGCUAAUUGCUGUUACUCAAUGCAUUCGAGAUUCUAGCAGGAGGAUGAGCGCUGCACGUUUAGUUGUAUCUCAGGCUCCUGUGCCAUGGUCUGAAGCAAUAAAAAAUUUAAUUAAAGAAGGUUUAGAUUUGCAUGAUCAUUGGAAAAAAGAAUUUCAAAUGCAGUCAAAAUUAGCUGGUCUUAAAGAAAUUGUAAUUAAAUAUAAUUUAAAAAAUUUUCCUAUCAAUGGGGAUCAGGAGCCUGUUGAUGGUCUUGUAAAUCACAUUUUUAAGGAAAACAGAUCUUCAGCUCUUGAAGAUGCAAAAAAAAUAAUUGCAGUGUAUGAUGAAUCAUUGGAGGGAGAUGUUUAUUUCAGAUAUUUAAGUUUUGCAAUUAACCAAAAUGAGAUUAAUGAGAAGUUAGAAGUUUUAUCAACUGUUCCUAUAAAAGAAGCUAUAGAAUGUGCCCAUAGACUAUUGAAAUAUACUACUUUAAGCUUGGAAGAUUCUUUAUUGGAUGUUAAAAAUGAAUAUGAUAGGAGUUAUGUAAAAUCUAUGCUUGAUGCUGGAAUACAUUUAUUGGAAUAUUUGGAAACUAUGGACAGCCCAGUGGACAAGACUUUAUUGCAUUCAUACAAAUGUUUAAUAAAGCUGCAAGAUGAAUUUGGAAUAUAUGCCACCCUUAAAGAAAUAUCUUCUGAAGAAUACUGUAAUGAAUUAAUUGAAUCUGCAGUGUCUGCUUUCUUAGAUAAACAACAUGCUUUCAAAAGGGAGACAAAAUAUUCUGAAAGGAAACUUCUUUCUACUUCUAAUAACAUUUCAAAAAUAAAUAGACUUUGCGACAUCUUAAUGCUGAAAAGAGAGAAAAUUAUGGAAGUUUUGGUGAUAAGUUGCUUAAAACGCGAAAUGUAUGGUAUGGUUUGUAAAUUGUGCAAGUAAGUAUGUGGUUUCAUAUUGAACUUUAUAAAUUUCUAGAAAUAAUCUGUUCUCUUUCUUUGUAGUUUUAUUUCAUUUCAUAUAUCAUUUGAAAUUUCAAAUUGUUAUAC